AUGCAUGGUGCUGAUGAGGAUGUGUGGUUCGCAUUUCAGGCAAAGGCAGCAUUUGUUGUGAAGCUGUUUGCCUUCAGAGUUCCCUGCAAGGCCUGUCCACGAGUCUUUCCACCUAACAACUGCAUUGCCAAAAACGUACUCCUGCAAGGUGCCAAGAAAGAUAAUGCUCUGUGUCUAGUUCAGUGGUUAGUGUGGUCUGUCCACGUGCGCGUACUAUGGUGCACUUUGCAAAGUGACCUGAGCCCCUUUUGCAGGCUGCUGGUACGCAGAGCACGCAAGCUGGCCCAGCAGUAUGAGCUGAUGUACAGCGAGCCCAUCCCAACAUCUCAGCUGGUGCAGAAGGUCGCCUACAUCAUGCAGGAGUACACACAGACAGGGGGUGUGCGGCCCUUUGGCGUAUCCUUGCUGGUGGCUGGCUGGGACAAUGGCCGGGGCUACGUCUUCCAGUGUGAUCCAUCGGGUGCCUACUUCCCAUGGAAGGCCACUGCCAUGGGCAAGAACCAGAUGAGCGGCAAGGCAUUCCUGGAGAAGCGCUACAGUGAGGAGCUGGAGCUCGAGGAUGCUGUGCACACAGCCAUACUGACCCUCAAGGAGGGUUUUGAAGGCCAAAUGACGGCUGACAACAUUGAAGUCGGGCUUUGCGAUGCCACUGGCUUCCGUCGCCUGUCACCUAAAGACGUCAGGGACUACCUGGCCAACAUUGUCUAGCUGCUGUGGACCAGUGCUGUGCCUUUCACUUUGGUUUUUUUUUUUUUGUCUGUGUAAGGAAAACAUAAAAUGAGCAAUGUGACAUGGGCA